AUGUCUCAUUCAGUUUACCAAACCUCAGGUAAACCAUUGUCAAAGGAGGCAUUAUAUCACCAAAGAUUGAAGCAGGGUGUUUUCCAAUCUCCCAGUGGAACCAUUGUUGGUGUCAACAGCAAUGCAUCAGAUACCGCGGCCUUGUUGGCAGCCUCAUCUGACUUGACUGUCAAGCCAUCGUAUGAACGUACUGUUGCCGCUGAAGCACAUACAGCUGCUUUGGCUGCUAAGCCACACGAUGUAAACAUUUGGAAGAGACACAAGGAAGACUCUGAUGCUGCUGAGGCUGCUUUGUCAAGUCAUUCAAAAGCCGACUCUUUGACUAGUCAAUCUACUCAACAACCAAAUACUAUUGUUAGGGUUGGAAUUCCAUCUGCUUUGGACAAAGGUUCCAUCUAUAAAGUUGCUCAAGAAAAGUCCAGUAGCACAAUGACUUCGAGAAUUGACCCCAUCAGAGAUGUUUCUAGGUCAGGUAUUCAAUCCAAAUAUGGGGCACAAUCGUUGAACAUUAGCAAAAUCAACCAAGUUGCUACAAAGAAGUCUAGCAGCACUUUGAAUUCCAGAUUUAAUCCAGAAUUGGAUUACAGAUCAGGUUUGAAGAAGGACAAGCCAACUGAAUUCUUGAACCAAGAAGAAGAGGAUUUGGCUGCUUCAGGUGCCAACGCUUCCUUGUACAAGACUCCUACUGUUCCUGACUAUGCUAACCAAACCAGAUCCAACACUUUUAAGGCACAAGACGUUGUCAAUUCCACUUUGUUAGCUGCUGCUGCUGCUAAAGCCAAUGACCGUUUGAGCACCUUGAAUGCAAACACUCCACAAACAUUGAAGGCUCAAGCUCAAUUGUAUGCCAACGCCUUGGCCGUUGCUCAGAAAAACAGUGACGAGAGAUCCAAGAAUAGAGUUGCUGGAGUUAUCAACUUGGGUGGUGGUUUAACUAUCACUCAAGCUGAGUUGAAUCAAUUGGCCGCCACUUAUGUUCAACCAGUCAUUGACGACAUUGAACAAAAGGCAGACUCAAAGAGAGAAAUUGAGUUAUCAAAGAAACAAAGAAAAGCAGAAUUGAAAGCAGCUCAUGAAAGGGCUAAACAAGAGCAACAAGCAGCCAAAGCCAAAGAAAAGCAAGAUAUCGAAAAAGCUAAACAGGAGAGAGUUACGGCUAAUGAAAAAUCAAAGAAGGCUGAGGACCAAAAGUUGGUAGAGCACGAAAAGGCUAGAAAUGAAGAGGUUGCUGCUAAGCAAUUGGAAUAUGAAGAAUUGGAAAAGAAGCAUGCUGAAGAAAAGGAACAGCUUCUUGCAGAAAAGAAGGAAAAGCAAGAUGAAAUUGAUGCUGAAGAAGCAGCCAAGAAUGAAGAGAGACUGAAGGAGUUGGAUGAAUUGCAGGCAGAAAAGGAUGAAAUAGCUCAACCCGUUUUGGAUGAAUUGGAACAAGAAAAUGCCAAGUUGAAGGAGAUCACCGAUGAAAGAGACGCAUUGACUGAAGAAGUAGAUGGAAUCGAACAAGAAAAGAAUGACCGUGAAAAACAAGUUGAAGAAUUGAAUGACGAACUUGAAGAAACUCAGCUUGCAAUUGAUAAGUUGGUUGAAGAAUUACGCCAAGCUAGUGAGAAACAUGAAACUACUGAUAAGGAAUUGGCAGAUCUCAAGACGAAGGAAGCCCAGGCUAAGGAUGAACACGCUAAUGAAACUUCAAGGUUAGAUGGUGAAAUCGCUGAUUUGCAAAAGGAGAAGGAUGCCAAGACUGAAGAGAAAGCCAACAAAAAGAAGGAGAUUUUGGGAGCUAUUGAUGAAAAAGUCAAGUUUGAAAAUAGGGUUAAUGAUGAAUUACCUCCACACUUGAAGCGCGACAUCAAUGAAGAAAAGCUCAGAGAUACCGGUUCCUUAUUUGCUGAAGAUGAAAAGCCUAAAGCAAAAGCUGUUGCCACAGAAUCCAAGGAGUCUAAACCAUUGACGUCAGGCGAAUCAGAAGCUUCCAGACCAACCGCUGACAAAGUUGACGUCGGCGACAUUAAGCCAAUUCCAUUGAUUGCAGUUGCUGACAAGCACGACACUUCUGCAGAAAUAGAGAAGCCAAAGAAUGAUGCUACAAAAGCUGCUGAGAAGGCCGCAGCUUCUUCUGUGGAUCCAAAGACUGUUGAAAAGAAAGAGGCUUCAACCGCCACCGCUAGCAAAGCUGGUGCGUCAAGCUCUUCGACAGCAGCAGCAGCAGCAGGAGCCAAAAAGCCAUCUACGACUACAACUCCCCCAAGUCCAUCUAAGAAGGAGAAGGCUUCAUUCGGAAGGAGAUUGAGUAAUUUCUUCAAGGAUCAGUCAAAAGCACCUGCUCCAGCCAAGUCAACCACUACUAAGUCAACACCCGCUAAAUCUACACCAGCUAAGUCGACCCCUGCUACAUCCACAAAAGCAACCAAAAAUGAAGCCAAAGACGCCAAGACUGCCACUACUGCCACUACCACACCAUCGACUAAACAACCUGCAGGUAAGGAUGCAGAAAAAGAAGCCAAAUCCUUGGAUCCAAAAGCCAAUAAGCGUGCCGCUGCUGCUGACACUAAGGAUUCCGAAGACGGUGACUACGGUGACUACGUAGAUGUGGAUGACGACCUUUCGUUGAACAAAAAGCAGAAUGAACGUGGUGUGUUCAAAGAGGAUGUUUUGUAA